CCAUAUCCUGAUCAUCCAGAGAGGACCCAUCAGAGACCAGACCCUGCUGAACCUGAACCUGAGCCCAUCUGUGUGUUUAUGAAGAGUGUCUGGUCCAUUGAGACACCACUACUUUAAAAAAGAAGGAGACCUGUAAGGGACAGGCCAAUUAAAAUGGAAGAGAUGGGAAGGAAGAGGCGAGGACAUAAGGAAAGGGAGGAACAUAUUGAAAUAAAGAGACAAAGACUGAGUAUCCAUCAGAGACCAGACCUUGCUGGACCUGGACCUGAACAUGAAACUGAUCCUGAAGCUAAAACUAAACCUGAUCCUGAACCCAGCUGUGUGUCCUUAAAGAGCGACUGGUCAAAUGGUCGCCUCAUUAACUUUAAAGGAGAGCAACCCACUGCUGCAAAGAGUACCCAUCAGAGACCAGAGCCUGCUGGACCUGGACCUGGACCUGAACCUAAAACUAAACCUGAUCCUGAACCCAGCUGUGUGUCCUUUAAGAGUGACCAGUCACAUCAAGGCCUCAUUAACGUUAAAGAAGAGCAACCCUCUGCUGCAACGAGGAUCCAUCAAAGACCAGACUCUGCUGAACCUGAACCCAGCUGUAUGUCCUUCAAGAGUGACCAGUCAAAAGGUCACUAUAUGAACUUUAAAGGUCAACAACCAUCUGCUGAAAAGAGAGUGGACCAGGAGAGCUCAGAGGUUCCCAGUGGUCAGUCUGCCCAGCAGCAUCAAACACACCUGGACUCCAUAUUUAUGCUGCUCGAGGAGAACAUCGUCACUUUUGUGAAGAACGAGCUGAAGAAGAUGCAGAAGGUUCUGAGUCCAGAUUACCCAGAAUACUCAGAAUACAGAAUAGAGAGUAAGAGGAAGGAUGAGAAUGAAGAGCAGAGGAGCAGCAGCGAAGCAUUUCUGAAGAUCACACUGCACUUCCUGAGGAGAAUGAAGCAGGACGAGCUGGCUGACCGUCUGCAGAGCAGAAGUCCAUCAGGAGUUUGUAGACAUAAACUCAAAUCUAACCUAAACAAGAAGUUCCAGCGUGUGUUUGAGGGGAUUGCUAAAGCAGGAAACCCAACCCUUCUGAAUCAGAUGUUCACAGAGAUCUACAUCACAAAGGGAGGGACUGCAGAGGUCAAUGCUGAACAUGAGGUCAGACAGAUUGAAACAGCAUCCAGGAAACCAGACAAACCAGAAACAACAAUCAGACAUGAAGACAUCUUUAAAACCCCACCUGGAAGAGAUGAACCAAUCAGAACAGUGAUGACAAAGGGAGUGGCUGGCAUUGGGAAAACAGUCUUAACACAGAAGUUCACUCUGGACUGGGCUGAAGGCAAAGCCAACCAGGACAUCCAGUUCACAUUUCCAUUCACCUUCAGAGAGCUGAAUGUGCUGAAAGAGAGAAAUUACAGCUUGGUGGAACUUGUUCAUCACUUCUUUAGUGAAACCAAAGAAGCAGGAAUCUGCAGAUUUCAAGAGUUCCCGGUUGUGUUCAUCUUUGACGGUCUGGAUGAGUGUCGACUUCCUCUGGACUUCCUCAACACUAAAAUCCUGACUGAUGUUACAAAGUCCACCUCAGUGGGUGUGCUGCUGACAAACCUCAUUCGGGGGAAUCUGCUUCCCUCUGCUCGCCUCUGGAUAACCACACGACCUGCAGCAGCCAAUCAGAUCCCUCCUGGGUGUGUUGACAUGGUGACAGAGGUCAGAGGGUUCACUGACCCACAGAAGGAGGAGUACUUCAGGAAGAGAUUCAAAGAUGAGGAGCAGGCCAGCAGAAUCAUCUCCCACAUCAAGACAUCAUGCAGCCUCCAUAUCAUGUGUCACAUCCCAGUCUUCUGCUGGAUCACUGCUACAGUUCUGGAGGACAUGUUGAAGACCAGAGAGGGAGGAGAGCUGCCCAAGACCCUGACUGAGAUGUACAUCCACUUCCUGGUGGUUCAGACCAAAGUAAAGAACAUCAAGUAUGAUGGAGGAGCUGAGACAGAUCCACACUGGAGUGAAGAGAGCAGGACGAUAAUGGAGUCUCUGGGAAAACUGGCUUUUGAGCAGCUGCAGAAAGGCAACCUGAUCUUCUAUGAAUCAGACCUAACAGAGUGUGGCAUCGAUAUCAGAGCAGCCUCAGUGUACUCAGGAGUGUUCACACAGAUCUUUAAAGAGGAGAGAGGAUUGUACCAGGACAAGGUGUUCUGCUUCAUCCAUCUGAGUGUUCAGGAGUUUCUGGCUGCUCUUCAUGUCCAUCUGACGUUCACCAACUCUGGAGUCAACCUGCUGUCAGAAGAACAAACAACAUCAACACAGAUCUACCAGGGACAUACAAUCCAUAAACCUGUUGAGACACAUUUCUACCAGGCAAAAGCAAUGUAUCCUCUAUCUGCAGAGACACGUUUCUACCAGAGUGCUGUGGACAAGACCACCUCUGGAGUCAACCUGCUGUCAGAAGAACAAACAACAUCAACACAGUUGUACCAGAGUGCUGUGGACGAGGCCUUACAGAGUCCAAAUGGACACCUGGACUUGUUCCUCCGCUUCCUCCUGGGUCUUUCACUGCAGACCAAUCAGAAUCUCCUACGAGGCCUGAUGACACAGACAGGAAGGAGCUCAGAGACCAAUCAGGAAACAGUCAAAUACAUCAAGAAGAAGAUCAAUGGGGAAGAGAAGAUGGAUGAGAAUCAGUCUGCAGAGAGAAGCAUCAAUCUGUUCCACUGUCUGAAUGAACUGAAUGAUCAUUCUCUAGUGGAGGAGAUCCAAAAGUCCCUGAAAUCAGGACAUCUAUCCACAGAUAAACUGUCUCCUGCUCAGUGGUCAGCUCUGGUCUUCAUCUUACUGUCAUCAGAAGAAGAUUUGGAUGUGUUUGACCUGAAGAAAUACUCUGCAUCAGAGGAGACUCUUCUGAGGCUGCUGCCAGUGGUCAGAGCCUCCAACAAAGCUCUACUGAGUGGCUGUAAUCUGUCAGAGAGAAGCUGUGAAGCUCUGUCCUCAGUUCUCAGCUCCCAGUCCUCUAGUCUGAGAGAGCUGGACCUGAGUAACAACAACCUGCAGGAUUCAGGAGUGAAGCUGAUCUCUGAUGGACUAAAGAGUCCACACUGCACACUGGAGACACUCAGUCUGUCGGGCUGUCUGAUCUCAGAGGAAGGCUGUUCUUCUCUGGUCUCAGCUCUGAGCUCCAACCCCUCCCAUCUGAGAGAGCUGGACCUGAGCUACAAUCAUCCAGGAGACUCAGGAGUGAAGCUACUGUCAGCGGGACUGGAGGAUCCUCUCUGGAGACUGGACACUCUCAGGGUGGAGCCUGCUGGAGUCAGAUGGUUGACACCAGGUCUGAGGAAGUAUUCCUGUGAACUCACACUGGACACAAACACAGUGAACAGAAAACUCAAACUGUCUGACAACAACAGGAAGGUGACAUUAGUGAAGGAGUAUCAGCCAUAUCCUGAUCAUCCAGAGAGGUUUGAGAUCUGGGAUCAGCUGCUGUGUAGAGAUGGUCUGACUGGUCGCUGUUACUGGGAGGUAGAGACGAGAGGAACUGUUGAGAUAUCAGUGAGUUACAGAGGAAUCAGGAGGAGAGGAGUCAGUGGUGACUGUGAGUUUGGAUUUAAUGAUCAGUCCUGGAGUCUGAGGUGCUCUUAUGGUGGUUACGGUGUCUGGCACAAUAACAGAAGAACAUCCAUCUCCUCCUCCUCUUCUAUCUCUGGUAGAGUAGCAGUGUAUGUGGACUGUCCUGCUGGCUCUCUGUUCUUCUACACAGUCUCCUCUGACUCACUGAUCCACCUCCACACCUUCAACACCACAUUCACUCAGACUCUCUAUCCUGGGUUUGGGUUCUGGUAUACUGGUGCCUCAGUGUCUCUGUGUCCUCUGUAGGACGGAGAGUCUCCUCCUGUUUCUCACUGCUGAUCAGUUGAGUCUGUACAGGAUCACACUUACAGAAAUAUUUCGGCUUAUUGUUAUGAACUAAUGAAUGAACUUUGUAUAAAAUAAUCCAGAAUGAUUGAACAGAUUCCUGGUGAACGUUGUAAACUUCUUUAAAGAUGGAAGCUGUGAUCAUCAAAUUGUAGAAAUGCCGUUGACUUGUGUCAUGUUUAGUUUUGAAUUCUGUCUCUUUUCACAAUAAAAGCAUAAAGUU